CCGAGGGCGUCGUUCGCGAGGCCGCCGCGGGAGCCCGGCCGCAGCGCGGGGAGGCCUGGGGCCUGGAGGCCGCCGCUGCCGCCAUGCCGCUGCUCUUCCUGGAGCGCUUCCCCUGGCCCAGCCUCCGCACUUACACGGGCCUCAGCGGCCUGGCCCUGCUCGGCACCAUCGUCAGCGCCUACCGCGCCCUCAGCCAGCCCGAGGCCGGGCCCGGGGACCCGGAGCGGCCAACGGCCCCGGUGCAGACGGAGCCGGCCGUGCCCGCUCGGCCCAGCGCCGGCGGUCCCCGGGCCCGCGACGUGGCCCAGUACCUGCUCUCGGACAGCCUGUUCGUGUGGGUUCUAGUAAAUACUGCAUGCUGUGUUUUGAUGUUGGUGGCUAAGCUAAUCCAGUGUAUUGUGUUUGGCCCUCUUCGAGUGAGUGAGAGGCAGCACCUCAAAGACAAGUUCUGGAAUUUUAUUUUCUACAAGUUCAUUUUCAUUUUUGGUGUGCUGAAUGUGCAGACGGUGGAAGAGGUGGUCAUGUGGUGCCUCUGGUUUGCUGGACUUGUAUUUCUACAUCUGAUGGUUCAGCUCUGCAAGGACCGAUUUGAAUAUCUUUCCUUUUCUCCCACCACACCCAUGAGUAGCCACGGGCGAGUUUUGUCUCUGUUGAUCGCAAUGCUGCUUUCUUGCUGUGGAUUGGCAGUCGUCUGCUGUGUCACAGGCUACACCCACGGGAUGCAUACGCUGGCUUUCAUGGCAGCAGAGUCUCUUCUUGUGACAGUGAGGACUGCUCAUGUGAUUUUACGAUAUGUAAUUCACCUCUGGGACCUCAACCAUGAAGGGACGUGGGAGGGAAAAGGAACCUAUGUCUAUUACACAGAUUUUGUCAUGGAGCUCACUCUCUUGUCCCUGGACCUCAUGCACCAUAUUCACAUGUUGUUAUUUGGCAACAUCUGGUUAUCCAUGGCCAGCUUGGUCAUCUUCAUGCAGCUGCGCUACCUAUUCCACGAAGUGCAGCGUCGGAUCCGCCGGCACAAGAACUACUUGCGUGUGGUUGGCAACAUGGAGGCCAGGUUUGCCGUAGCAACUCCGGAGGAGCUGGCUGUCAACAAUGAUGACUGUGCCAUCUGCUGGGACUCCAUGCAGGCUGCGAGGAAACUGCCCUGCGGACAUCUUUUCCACAACUCCUGCCUUCGUUCCUGGCUAGAACAAGACACCUCCUGCCCAACAUGCAGAAUGUCUCUUAAUAUUGCUGACAAUAACCGGGUCCGGGAGGACCAGCAAGGAGACAACUUGGAUGAGAACUUGGUGCCUGUAGCAGCCGCCGAAGGCCGACCUCGCCUGAACCAGCACAAUCACUUCUUCCACUUUGAUGGGUCCCGGAUCGCCAGUUGGCUGCCGAGUUUUUCAGUCGAAGUGAUGCACACCACCAACAUUCUUGGCAUUACACAGGCCAGCAACUCGCAGCUGAAUGCAAUGGCUCAUCAGAUUCAAGAAAUGUUUCCCCAGGUUCCAUACCACCUUGUGCUGCAGGACCUCCAGCUGACACGCUCGGUAGAAAUAACAACAGAUAACAUUUUAGAAGGACGGAUUCAAGUACCUUUUCCCACACAGCGCCCAGAUGGCAUCAGGCCUGCAUUGAACAGUCCUGUGGAAAGGCCAAACGGAGACCAGGAGGAGGGAGAAGCUUCUGUGCAGACUGAGCGUGUGCCGCUAGACCUCAGUCCCCGGCUGGAGGAGGCCUUGGAUUUCAGUGAGGUGGAGGUGGAGCCCAGUGAGGGGGAAGACUUUGAGGCCCGGGGCAGCCGCUUCUCCAAGUCUGCGGACGAGAGGCAGCGCAUGCUGGUCCAGCGUAAGGAUGACCUCCUGCAGCAGGCGCGCAAGCGUUUCCUGAACAGAAGUUCUGAAGUCGACUCAGCCUCCGAGAGCUGCCUCCCGUCAGAGGGCACGACCUCUGACCCCGUGACCCUGCGUCGGAGGAUGCUGGCUGCGGCCGCCGAGCGGAGGCUCCAGAAGCAACAGACCUCCUAGCGCUCGCUCGCCGCCCCGCCAUGGCCUCCGGCAGCACUGCUGCCCAGGCCCGGCCC